AUGUUUUCGUUAGUUUCGAUGUUAUGCUUCUUUCCAUUUCUAGCAAGUGGGUGGAAAGAGGAGUUUAUCAAAGAUUUUAUAUCCUACAAACACAGCAGACGAGUUUCAAUUUUAUAUUGUGAUGAGGGUGUGUUGCAGAGUCUACGAAAAAAGCCCGUCAAUAUACAAAUCGUGCAUCAAAGUUGGAGUUAUAAAUUGGGAUUCAUCUAUCGCUUGACCCCGGAGGUUAAUGGCGUCUCGCGAGGAAUCACCUCUUUAUCACCAUUUACUGUACCCGUUUGGUUCGCGGUAAUUGUUGUUAUUUGCUUAUCGCUGGCAGCAUCACAACUAAUGGGGGGUUGUGAAAACAACUAUUCACCCUCAUCGCACAACCACUUCCUGAUCGACAUGAUCGGAUUGAUCGCACAGCAGGGGACAACAGAAAGUUCCUCCCGGGUUCCGGUACGCAUUGCACUGUACGCAGUUAUGGUAAUGACCUUCCUGCUGUACAACUACUAUUCGGCCUCGAUCGUUGGGGAGCUGCUGAGUGGCAUCAAUCCGGGUCCGAGAACGAUCGAGGAGCUGGCAGAAUGUCCACUAAAGGUGGUAUUUAACAACGAUUCGUACAAUCGAAAUCUGUUAGAGGCAUCCACAAUCAGCGAAGGCACGACCUCCGUUCCGGUCUACGCGGAUGUGGCCACAGCUGUUCGAUUGCUGAAGCAGGGUGGUUUCGCUUUCCACUGCGAACCAACCGAAGCCUUCCGGGAGCUUGCGGAGCAGCUGGAUGCGGACGAAAUUUGCGAACUGCGCACGAUGCAAGGAUUGUACACCAAGCUAAGGAUGAUGAGUUUCGUAUUACCGAAGGGAAGCAUGUACGCCGAGCAGUUCAGAAUAACAUUGACAAGAGCGAACGAGAUGGGUCUGAUUCGACGACUUUUAGGAAUGUAUCGUAACGAAAUGCCUGAAUGUCAGAAUGGUCCACUGAUGCAGCCGGUGGUGAUGGCUGGAGUUGCAACACCAUUCACAAUUCUCGGAGGUAAUGAAGAAAAUUUGGGGGAAGACUGA